AUGUCGUCAAAUCAAAAUCACACAGAGACCCGCCAGGAGGCCAAGAAAGGCUGGCUCUGGAGCCGCGGUGCCCCUUCCAACGAGCCGGCAGAAACCUCAGCCCCCUCCUCGUCACCAGAGACGGCGAUAGAUCCCAGGUUAGAUCUCAGUCGCGCGCCUCCCAAGGAGCUUCCCAAGCUCGUCAACGCCAAGCUCGAUCCUGCCGACUUCAAGACCAACUUCCCCCCGCAGCAGGGUGAAGGUCCCACCGUCGGUGAUGCGGUGAAAACCAUCAAGCCCGAGGACUUUCUUGCCGUGAGCCAGGCGCCAUGCGCGCGAGAUGGAUACAUCGCAGGCAUUGUCUCCGGCGGACUUGUUGGUGGUAUCAAGUUCGUCAUGAAGGCUCCCAUCCCAAAGGUCGCCAAUUGGGCCGUCGGCAGUACCCUCGCCGGUGCGGCUGCAUCGUAUGAGUACUGUCAGUGGAAGCGCAGGCAGGAGAGGGUUCGCAUGAGGCGGACAGUCGAAGUGUAUCAUGAGGCCAUGGCCGACAAGCACAAGAAGGAAGCCGAAGCACGUAGGGAGGCACGGGACGAGGCUGCAAGGGCGAAGCAGGCGGCAGCAGAGGCGGCAAGGCAGGAUCCUUGGUAUAAAUUCUGGUAG